CUAGACUUUAAACAAAGGAAUGAAGAAGGGAUACUUACCUAAGCAAAGAGUUGUGAAAAGGUCUAAUGUUAAGCCUGAGAUUUGGGGAGUGGGGCAAGAUGAACUGUCAGACAUACUUGUCAUAGACGAUACAAGUUUCAGAGGUGGUGUUCACACUUGCCCUUCUCACUAGCUAUUCCUACUCCAUGUCUUUGAGAGGAGAUAUGAAGUGAAUAGUGAUAAAAAUCAAAACAAAUGAUAGUAACAAUGGCAAGCUCUGUUCAUUAUACCAUGUAAUAAAUACAUAAUGUGACACUUUUGUAAAAUAACAUUAUACUUUUGUUGAAUGUCUGAAGGAUGUCUGAUGAGGUGAGAUCUACAGUAAAAUGUUUGGAUAUUUACUAAAUAAUUUUAAGAGUCUAGUCCUCUAUAGUCUUAUUCUGACAGAUUUAAAAAAGAUACUCUCAAUCUGUGGGCUAUGUGACUGAAUGAGAACUUUCUUGAAGUGCAUUCCCAUUUCUAAUCAAGAACAAAUCCAUAAAUAUUACUUAGUUCCUCUACACAAGGAAUAUAUUGAAUUGUUUGCCUACAUACCUGUAUAGUAACAUUUUAAAGAAAAUUUUCACUCCUUUCUGCUAGUUAAGUCCCCAAAACAAUUAAUAAUUCUUAAUUAGUUAAUCCAAUGAAUCCAAUUGAAUUAAGUGAUUGUAUUGACUAUUUGAUUGUACUAACCAAUUUAGUCAAAACUCUUUACCCCCUAUAUUUCAUUGGUUUUAAGAUGAGGACUUUAUUAAAAAAAUAUUUUAGUACUCUCACUUUGAGAUUCUUUUAUAAUCGAUUGUGUGUCAUUGCUUUACUUGAAGCAUUUUCUCUCUUUCUCAGUGGUCCAUAAAAUAAUGCUGCAAUCUAUAUUCUGUGACAUCAUCGAUUCACAUAAAUGCAAUAGAAUUCCUAGGCAACGCACCCCCGAAGUGUAUACCCAGGCUGAGGUGUUUGUGGGGGGAGCAGCAGGCGCUACUCGCGGGGCGCCGUCACGUGAUCCGGGGAUAAGGUGGAGUUCGGCUUUAAGGGGGCGUCUCUUCCUAUCUUCAUCAAUCUUUAGGAUUUGAGCAGGAGAAAUACCAGCGGAUCUUUUCUCCCGGCUCUAUCCCUUCCAUUACCAUUCUUCCUGCUUUAAUAAACGGGCGAAAACGACGAAUCCAACAGAGGAUCGUUCAGAUUUGCCAUGCUUACCUGGGUCCUACGAAAAAAGCAUAUCUCACUAGGUGGCCCCCAGGCAGGGGGAAAUGGAAAGCUUGCUUGUCACUACCUGGAUAGAGAAACAGUAUCUGUCAGUCCCAAGACUCUAGAAUGCUUUCCUGGUAAAGAGAGCAGAAAGCUGUCCAGCCCAGUACCCCACCUAUGACUAAAGACUAAGUGCUUUUCGAUUGUUCAGUUCAGGGGAAUGAAGAAUUCAGAAUAAUUUUCAUAAAUGGAUUCCAAUAUGAAGAAUAAGAAUAAGCUGAAUAUUUGAUCUGCUUUGAAGAAACAUAUUUUGCAUUUGUCUAGAAUAAUCUAUAACAACCAAACCAAUCAAAAUGAAUUCAACAUUAAUGUCCCAGGUUGAAAAUCAUUCAAUCCUAUGUAAUUUUUCAGAGAAUUCCCAGUUUUUGGCUUUUGAAAGUGACGAUUGCCAUCUGCCCUUGGCCAUGAUAUUUACAUUAGCUCUUGCUUAUGGAGCUGUAAUAAUUCUUGGAGUCUCUGGAAACCUGGCGUUGAUCAUAAUCAUCUUGAAACAAAAGGAGAUGAGAAAUGUUACCAAUAUCCUGAUAGUGAACCUUUCCUUCUCAGACUUGCUUGUUGCCAUCAUGUGUCUCCCCUUCACAUUUGUCUACACAUUAAUGGACCACUGGGUUUUUGGUGAGGCAAUGUGCAAAUUGAAUCCUUUUGUGCAAUGUGUUUCAAUCACUGUGUCCAUUUUCUCUCUGGUUCUCAUCGCCGUGGAGCGACAUCAGCUGAUAAUCAACCCAAGAGGGUGGAGACCAAAUAACAGACAUGCUUACGUAGGUAUUGCCAUCAUUUGGGUCCUUGCUGUGGUUUCUUCUCUACCUUUUCUCAUCUAUCAAGUACUGACCGAUGAACCGUUCCAGAACGUGACACUUGAUGCGUUCAAGGACAAGUACGUGUGCUUUGAUAAAUUUCCAUCGGACUCUCAUAGGUUGUCUUACACAACUCUCCUCUUGAUGCUGCAGUAUUUUGGCCCACUCUGUUUUAUAUUUAUUUGCUACUUCAAGAUAUAUAUACGCUUAAAAAGGAGAAACAAUAUGAUGGACAAGAUGAGAGACAAUAAGUACAGGUCCAGUGAAACCAAAAGAAUCAACAUCAUGCUGUUGUCCAUUGUGGUAGCAUUUGCCGUCUGCUGGCUGCCUCUUACCAUCUUUAACACUGUGUUUGAUUGGAAUCAUCAGAUCAUUGCUACGUGCAACCAUAAUCUACUAUUCUUGCUCUGCCAUCUCACAGCAAUGAUAUCCACUUGUGUCAACCCCAUAUUUUAUGGAUUUCUCAACAAAAAUUUCCAGAGAGACUUACAGUUCUUCUUUAACUUUUGUGAUUUCCGGUCCCGGGAUGAUGACUAUGAGACAAUAGCCAUGUCUACCAUGCACACAGAUGUUUCUAAGACUUCUUUGAAACAAGCAAGCCCAGUCGCAUUUAAGAAAAUCAACAAUGAUGAUAACGAAAAAAUCUGAAACUGCUCUAGCAUAUGGCCCCAGAUGACUCCUGUUUAAAAACAAGCACAACCCACAACAAUACUUUUAUUUCCCCAAGGAGUGAGGUUGUAAUCAUUUAAGAAAGACCACGAUUUGUUUGUCUUGCUUUUUACCGCUUUAAUUGUAACUGUCAUAAUUAAAUUCGGACAAAAUGUAUGGACUUUGGAAUUUUCUGACAUUAGUUUGACCAGACAUCCUUGAAGUGCUUUUUGUAAACGUAUGCAUAUAAUACAAAGACUUUUAUAUUUGACUUGUUGGAAUAAAAUUGCUUUAAAGGACUACUACUGACUGACUUUAGAAGCACGGUAUCUGAUACGCAUUAGAUUGGGCUAUCCUUAUUUGAUUAGGUUACACGGUCAAUAGAUUGGGCAAUCCUGAUGUAAUGAUAGACAUUUCAGUCUGUUACAGAGGUGACAGCAAAAGCAGCAUUCGAGAUGUGGAGCUGAGUCUCUGUCUUACAUACCUACAGUCUGAAGUCAUUGAAGAGUGAUUUGCAUUUUUUUUUAAAUUUAAGACAGGAUUUAAUUUGCUCCUGAUUUAUCACUUAAGAUAAAAAUGCAUAAAAAUACUUCUCAGCUGUGAAUAUCAUGGGGAAUUGGGCCACCCACAAGAAUUAAGUGGGAAAGCAGUUCUCUAACUUCAAAACUAUUUUGGUACCUGACAACCAAAGGGUUUCAGAGCAAUUAAUUUAACAAGCAAACUAGUAGUGCAGCAAAUAGUUGAAUUAUAUUCAUCUGAAUUGUUGGUCAAGAGGCUUUCCAUUCUUCACAAACUGUUCAGUGUUUGUCCAGUUUUCUAGCCUAAAUACAUUUGUGGCUUAAAGGUAUUUCCAACUUUCGAUAUGUAAAAACACAGUGUAUUUUCCAUACAUCAGUGCCUAUAUAGUAACUCAUUUUUAACUUUUUCAAUGUCUGUUUUUCAAAGGAGGACACCAAAGUGUAAUGUUAAAAGAAUGUCCACCCUGGCUGGCAGGGAUAAAUACCUGAAAACUGAGAACACUUCAUAUAGCCCAUUUUAACUUGUAUAAACUGUGUGCCUUGUGUAGUUUUGUAAAUAAUGUACUGUCUAGAGUACUAAGUGGUUGUGUUAUAUUAAUAUACUUAAUUUCAUGCAUCCUGUAUUCAUGAUUGAGCCUCAGAGUCAUUUGGAGAGAAGAUAUUUUAAAGAACAAGAUACAACUUCAGUGUAUUAUAAACGUAUUAAAUGUGUUUGAUUUUAGAAGGCA